GCAAACACUAGUAACACUACUAGAAACCAAAAGGAUGAAACAACUUCUUCAGCUUCCCCUACCCCUACUUCUUGCGAAUUGGCAUCAGGAUCCAGAAAAAUUCAGCAAUCCAUUUCUGCAUACAUACCAGAAAGGGUAUCGAUGUCUACGAAGAAAAAAAUUGAUGCUCAGCUACUAGAACUGUUUUACAGCGAUUUCCAACCAUUCAGAAUGGUUGAAGACGUUGGUUUUCGCGAUUUCGUAAAAGCUCUGAAUCCAUCGUACGAGCUGCCUUCACGACAAAUUAUUUCAAGGAGAUACCCAGUUUUUACGAAGAAUGUCUUCUUCGCGUCAAAGAAGUGGUGAAAAAUAUUGAGUCGUUUCACUAACUACGGAUUGUUGGACAUCAACAAAUAAUGAGAGCUUUUUGGGAAUCCCCAUUCAUUUUCUAGAUGGCGACAUCUCGAUCGGUUCUGCUGAAAUGUGCCGUUUUUGGCGAGGUGCAUACAAGCGAAAACUUGGCCAAAGAACUCAAAAUCACCACUGAUUAAUGGGGAUUGACAAAAAAAAUUAUUUUUGCAGUUUCCGAUGAUGCAGCCAAUAUAAAAAAUUUUUGGAUGCUAUGCACACACUUUAAAUUUAGUAGUGAAAGAUGCGCUUAUAUCGGUGAAAGAUCUGAACGAGAAAAUAAGAUCCAUAGUGGCUCAUUUCUAAAAAAGCUCAAAAGCUACAGGAAAAUUAAUGAAUGCACAAAAAAUUGCCGGCAUCAAUAAUCCCAAAAAAUUGUUUCAAGAUGUAGCAACACAUAUUAUAUGAUCGAGAGGUUGAUUGAGCUGGAGGAAUACGUGCAUUCCACGGUUGCCCUUCUUGAUGUUAAUCUGCCACAAAUUUCUUCCACAAUACUAUAAACAUUGACUGUCUCCUUUUUCCCCACAAAAAUCUCUCAAAAAGAGACUAUCAUUUCAUUUGGUUUGAACCUAAAUGCCUGUAGGCAAUAUUUCAAAAAUUAAUGCUAAAUUUAUCCAUUCAAGAAAAUGGUUCACCUGAAUUAUGUUUAUAUAAAUAUCUGUUAUAAUUAUGAAUUAUCUUUGAGUGGAUGCUACAAUAUUCAUUAAAUAAUUAAUCCCAAAAAGUUUCAAAUAUUCUGACCUCAUCCAUAAUCAUAAUCAUGCAACAGACAAAUAUGAAAUCCAAUGAGUUCAUACAAAAAGAAAUAUAAGAACAAGUAUGUACUCGUAAAACAGAUUCAUUAGAAGGUGGUAUUGUUCUAAUUUCAAUACAAUUUUUCCAAUUGAUGGAAAUAAAAAGCUUCUAACGUUUUGAAAACAAUCGUAUUCUAUUAUUUCAGAAACUCAUAUUAAAUAUCACAAUCGAAAAUAAAAAUAUAUAUAUCAUAACCAGAAACCCAUAAAUUUUUCGCCAAUUUGAAAAUAAGUUAUUUUUUCUCCAGUAACUUCGCACUUAAUCAAAGGAACAAUAAGUAUGGAAACUAAUUAAUAGUAAAGUUCUACUAGGUACCAAAUACAUUAAGAUAGGCAAGCGCAUCUGUCAAGUGAUUCCUCUACUAAGCGGACAAUCAUAGAAAGUAAGGGUAACUCAGAAAAAGCAGGCAGGUAGAAAAAAGAAAGUUUCAAGUUUCUCAUUUUAUACCGAUAGCAGGGGGGUGAAACUCGCUUAGAAACAACGUGAACCGCUAAAAUCUGCUGACAAGGCUGCCGUCUAGCGGAACGUAUCGUAAACAGCAGAAAUGACGCGCAUGCGCGUGAAAUGUAAUGUCAUGUCAUAGUGUCAAUACUGAGGAAAAAAGUAAACAAACAAACACCAUUUCGUCUGUGUUUAAAAUGCAUAUCCUGAUACCAAAAUUUCACUCUUCCUUUUCAUUGCCUUCUACCAAAGUUCCUCUUUGCUUCUACGCAUGUUGUGUACGCUCUGAUAAUUUGAAUUUUGCCGAGUUAUUCUCCGAUUUAUAUUCCCACAAUGCCGAAAUUUUGUUGUGUUCCCAAAUGCUUUAACAGCAAUGAGAAUAAAAGACUGUAAGCUACUUAUUUGUAAUAAUCUAAUUUCAUCACAUAGGUUUUCACUAGUUAUUCAAUAACUAGUUCAAAAUUGGUAUUAAUAUUUUCAGUUUACACUAAUUUAUAAUAAUUUUGUUUUAUUUAAUAAUACAUAGUUUUAAAUUAGGUAUAGUGUAGUAAAGGAAUUAUUUGUGUAAGUACCAUUUCUGAUAUUCAACUCGAAGAUUAUAGAAUUUGUACUAACCCAUUUUUUGUAGUUAAAAACUGCUGGUCCAGUAUCAACAGGAAAUUUGAUAUGUAUCAACAGAUAUUUUCACUUUUGCUAUAAUAGAAGCUUUCAUGUACCGAGAACUAAAAUUAUACAAAGAAUAUGGGUAGAGAGAAUCGGUAAGAAUGAAUUAAAACAGUCAAGCCAACCUCAAUUAUAUGUGGUGUGUGAGGACCAUUUCCAUAAGGAUUGUUUGGGGCCAGGUAAAAAACUAAUGAGAUUUUCAUUGCCAACCCACAAUUUACCAGAAUAUUGUGCUGAUCCAAAUGAGAAAGACAUAUUCUUCCACGAAACAUUUGGUGAAACAUGUGGUGAAACAUCAUCCAAGAAGGAGGAGUCAUCAAGUACAGCAUCAACUUCAUUGGAUUGUGAUGAAGAUUUGAAGGUGCUGGUUCCAACGAGGUGUUAUGUGAGAAAAAAAAAGAAAGAUAUUUUGAGAGCUACAGAAAGAACAGUUUCUCAAUCUAUUCUAGAAGAAUCUCAUACUUCAAGACAGGAAGAUUCUGAGGAUUAUAGAAAAUAAUGAGAGUCUGCAGAAUUUGUCAUGCCCACCAAGCAAGAAGAAAAAAUCUUCAGGCCUUCUCGAAGAGAAAUUGGAGAAGGCAUUUUAUAUGAAAAAUAUUUUAGAAGGGGCUGUGCAAGAGAAUAAACAAAAAGAAAUAGCACAUAAUGAAUUGGCUGAAUUAUGUGGGAAACGAACGAGGCAAGUCAGAUUCAGGCAUCAUGAUUUUAUAUAUACUACUUCUCCCCUUGCUGUGUGCGCAAAUAAUGCUCCAAAUCGCAGAAGAAAGGGAAAGAAAAAGCACCGAAAAACUAAUGGUAAUUGAUCGAGAAGGUUCAAAGGACAUACACUUAAACUAUUCAAUACACAUAAAAAUAUACUGACAAACGAAGAUUUUUUCGUGAUAUUUGGAUGGUAAAUAUGUAAAUAAUGCAUUUGAAUUAUACAUUAAUUAUUCUGUGAUAUUGAUGGUUUUAUGAAUAAUUUUUUUU